ACUGGGUCGACCGUAGUAGUCCGGAGUCUGGAGGCUACGAGCAGUCAAAUCUAGCUGUUGCAGGACAAGAAAUCCCAGGCCGCGAACGAGGGUGGAAGAUCAAGUGCAACACCACCUCCAAGACAACUCUCUCAUUCAUCUAUGAAUUUACCCCCAUCCGGAAGGGCACAGGAUUGGACGUCGGUGAUACGAUACAAACCGUGCCAAAACAUGUGGCAUCACACCCACUGCCCGCAUGCAGACCAUACUUUGACCGACUAUCGGACCUUUGAGCCCCUGCUCAACAUGGUCACCCCACUUCGUUCUCUGUACUUUGACUGUGUCCGGUCUCGGGCUCAUGUUACUUCCACGAGGUCUAGUCUCAAUUGCCUCUCGGGUGCGGGCUUCCUAGGCCAGUCAAGCUGUGAGUCUAUGUGCGCUACUGUCCCUCGAGGUCCUCUGCAUAUUUGUUCAUAUUUGGGCCUUUCGCACUUUAGCAGAGGACGGCCUAUCGUACACAACUCUACAUUCUCAUCUAAACCAGCGGAGAGCAAUGGCAGUCCCAGACGACUUCCAUCAUAAUGCGGACGGUACUGCGCUCAACGACAUCGAAGGUCGUCCAUUGCCGGCACAGGAACACCCUCCAGUGGUCCGCGACGUCGGUUCCAGAGACGACAAAGAAGCUAUCCAUAGGGCUGGCUCGCCUGAAGAAGCGUCUGAGCUGAAGAGCCAUGAAGAGGCAAUGCCCAGUGAAGCUGCGCAGAACGGUGUCAAGAAGAUCGAGGCCGUCACUCUGGCCUGGUCGAAAAAAUCGCUUGCUGGAGUCCUGAUACUGUACGUUUCACCGUGCUACGUAUGUCUGCGCGACGAUAUAGCUGACAUGCUCUUCCCCCAGUAUCUGGCUUCUUACCUUGGUCAACAAUUUCAAGGCCACCAUUGUCGUCAGCUUGACGCCCUUUGCCACGAGUGAAUGGCAGUCUCAUUCGCUUUUGACGGUCAUCGGUAUCGUUGCCAACGCCAUGACUGCAGCAGUUUAUAUCCCAAUGGCAAAGAUGUUGGAUGUCUGGGGUAGGGCUGAAGGUCUACUCCUGAUGUUAGCCUUCUGCAUUCUAGGCUUGGUCCUCAUGGCUGCGUCUGCGAAUCUCUCCACCUAUUGCGCUGCUCAGGUGUUCUAUUCCAUCGGCUUUGGAGGCCUCGCCUACAGCUGGAAUGUGCUCGCCGCAGAUGUGACGAAUCUGAGAAAUCGAGGCUUGGCCUUUGCUUUCACCUCCUCCCCAGCUGUGAUCACAGCGUUCGCCGGAUCAAAGGCUGCUGCAGCCUUCUACAACAAUGUCAGCUGGCAAUGGGGUAUUGGCUGCUGGGCCAUCGUUUUCCCAUGUGUGGCCUUGCCAUUAUACGGGAUGUUGAAGUGGAAUCUUCGUAAAGCAGAAAAGAAAGGCAUCAUCGUCCGCGGAAAGAGCGGCCGAACCUGGUCGCAGCAGAUCUGGUACAUCAUCAAAGAGUUCGACUUACCGGGCAUUAUCCUAUUUGCCGGUGGCCUCGUGACGUUCCUGCUACCAUUUGCUCUGGCCAGUACCGCGCCUCAGGGAUGGCAGUCCGGCUACAUCAUUGCCAUGAUCGUUGUGGGCGCUGUCGUGCUGGUCUUCUUCGCCCUCUAUCAGAUAUACCUGGCUCCGGUGCCAUUCCUCAAACCUCACUACCUGCUCGACCGAACAGUUAUAGGCGCGUGUCUAUUGGAUGCUACCUACCAGAUCUCUUAUUACUGCUACGCCAGCUACUUCACGUCCUUCCUGAUGGUUGUCUAUAACCUGACCCUGGAAGAGGCCGGAUAUGUCGCAAACACCUUCAGCGCCGUUGCGUUUGUGUUCCUGUUCAUUACGGGCUACAUUAUCCGGAUCACAGGACGCUUCAAAUGGAUCCUCUGGAUUUGCGUCCCUAUGUAUAUCUUCUCCCUUGGUUUGAUGAUCCACUUCCGGACCCCCAACGGGUAUAUUGGGUAUAUCGUCAUGUGCGAGAUCUUCUUCUCUGUCGCUGGGAGUGUCUUCAUUCUCUGCGUCCAGUUGGCCGUUCUAGCCUCCGUCGACCACCAGUAUGUCGCUGCGGUGCUGUCGACAGUAUUUGUCAGCGGUAGCAUCGGUGGCUCGAUAGGCGAGGCCAUCUCAGGCGCCAUAUGGACCAACACCUUCAGAAAGGCUCUCGAGCGCAAUCUACCCGCAUCCGCCUUGCCAGACGUGGCGACCAUCUAUGGAAGUCUGGUCACGCAGCUCAGCUAUCCUGUCGGAAGCCCUGAACGACUCGCAAUCCAGAAGUCUUACGGCUAUGCACAGACAAGAAUGCUUGCAGCGGGUUCCGCCAUCAUGGUCCUGGGUUUUGUUUGGGUUGGCAUGAUGAAGAACCUGAACGUCAAGAAGAUGUCGCAGACGAAGGGUAACGUGCUCUAAACGCACCGUACUGGAUUUCGGGCAAUAUGCCUCGGCGAGACAAUUCUCUAGCGUCACCAGCUGGGAUUUUGACGUCGGACUAAUUCUGGGGCUUUGGAGGAAGCCUUACAUGUGGUGUUCGCUCUUUUGGGCGAGAUUGUAAAUACAAAUUCCUAGAUGUAUGGGUGGGUGGAGGGCUCAUAUCUUGGUAGACAGAACACAUGAAGCAGUGGAAAGGGGCGUGAAUGGAACAACAAUGCAUUGUUGAUACAUUGGUACCUUGGUAUGUAUGAUCCCAAGGUCUGCCACAGUACGUGACCAGGUGCUCCGCGGCUGCAUCGACGUAUGCAAUACCCAACGAACGUCUUCGAACAGCGCGACGAUGAGAUUGGGACGUGCAUUCGCUACAUACCACUUGACUUGUUCUUCGUUG